CACGCACGUGUUUCGGGUAAGUUGACCGAGUGGGGGGCCUGCGUCUUCAGGUCGCGACGCAACUUCAACAUUUCGACUUGGGCAGACGUCGCCGGCUACAAACGCACAACUCCGCUCGCAAGAACCCCGUGUCAGCCAGCCGCUAGAAUCGAGAGGUCACGGCGACCGGCGAUGAUGACCCCGGGCUACGCGUGGCACCGCCGCGUCUGGCGAUCGGCAGCAGCGGUGGCCGCCGUGCGCAGGUGGAGCGGCUCGCAGCUCCACGGGACCCCGGCGGACGAUCGUAACGGACGAGACGGACGGUCGGCCUGGAUGGAGGACGGACGACGGAACGGGCGCGGGGACGCCUCCUCCGUGUUCGCGCUGUCGUCCGGCGGAGGCCGCGCCGGCGUUGCGGUGCUCAGGGUGUCGGGCCCGCAUGCCGCUGCCGCCCUGCUGCGCAUGACGGGCGCGAGGGCCCUGCCGCGUCCGCGCCACGCCGCCCUGCGCCGCAUCAUUCACCCGCUGUCCGGGGAGGCCCUCGACAGGGGCCUGGUGCUCUGGUUUCCAGGACCCAACAGUUUCACCGGCGAGGACUCGUGUGAGUUCCAGGUCCACGGAGGACCUGCGGUGGUGAGCGCUGUCCUUCGAGCUCUAGGAGAGAUCGAGGGCCUGCGCCCGGCCGAGGCUGGAGACUUCACGAAGCGCGCGUUCCAGAACGGGCGCCUGGAGCUCACGGAGGUGGAGGGCCUGGGCGACUUGAUCCACGCCGAGACCGAGGCCCAGAGGCGGCAGGCCCUGCGGCAGAUGGAGGGGGAUCUGGGCCGCCUCUACUCGGCCUGGAGUGACCGCCUCAAGCAGUGUCUCGCCCACGUGGAGGCCUACAUUGACUUCAGCGAAGACGACAACAUUGAGGAUGGUGUUCUGCAGCGCGUGGAGGCUGAGGUGCGGCGGCUGAGUGCCGAGGUCUCCGCUCACCUGCGCGACGGGCGGCAGGGCGAGCGGCUGCGCAGUGGCCUGCAGGUGGUGAUCGCGGGGCCCACCAACGCCGGCAAGAGCAGCCUCCUCAACGCGCUGUGCCAGCGCCCGGCCGCCAUCGUGUCUCCGAUAGCGGGGACGACGCGCGACGUGGUGGAGACGGCGCUGGACCUGGCCGGCUACCCCAUCGUGCUGAGCGACACGGCCGGCCUGCGGCCCUCGCUCGACCCUGUGGAGCAGGAGGGCGUCCGCCGAGCACGGCAGAGGCUGCGGCAAGCGGACAUCGCUGUGGUGGUGCUGGAUGCAACGGAGGUGGCGCGUGGCUCGCGCGACCUCGAGGCGAUGCUGCUCGCUCGCGCGCAGUCGAUCCUCGACGACGGGGACUUCGCGACCCCCGCGACCACCGCGACCCCCGCGACCCCCGCGACCCCCGUGACCCCCGCGCUCAUCCCGCUCCCGCCGGAGGAUGGGAGCCAAGCGUCAGAGCGCAGGGAGUGCAUCGUGGUGCUGAACAAGGUGGAUCUCCUGCAGCGAGACGCGGCGGAGGCGAGGAUGGGGGAGCGCGGGAUGCCGGGAGUGUGCGCCGUGUCCUGCCAGACGGAGGAGGGUCUCGACGAGUUCCUCCGGCUGCUCAAGGAGAAAGUGGAGAAAAUGUGCGGUGACCCCCUGACCGGCCACGCCAGCCUCACGCAGGCCCGACACCGCACGCUGCUAGGCGGCUGCGCCGCCGCACUGAGCGACUUCCUGGCGGCGUCGGGGCCCGCGAUGGAUGUGGUGCUGGGAGCCGAGCACCUGCGCUCUGCCAUGCGGCAGCUCGGACGCAUCACCGGCCGCGUCGGUGCCGAGGACAUCCUCGACGUCAUCUUCCGGGACUUCUGCAUCGGGAAGUGA